GCAUUAUAUAUUAGCACAAGCAUUCUCUGCUCUUGAAUACCUCGCAGCCUAACCAGGGUUAGUUAUCGCAAAGUGAUUAGAUGAGAUUGGAUGUGGAAGUGAAGCCAAGAGGAGAGGUUCACUCUUGUUGUCAUCGUCUUCUUCUUCUUCUUCACUGUGGCCAUCAUGGCGCAGCAGCAACAACAAUCUUCGCGACUCAGUCGUCUCCUUACAUUGUUGGACACUGGUUCAACACAAACCACUCGGCUUACUGCAGCCAGGCUGAUCGGAGACAUUGCAAAGUCUCAUCCUCAGGACUUGAGCUCUCUUUUGAGGAAGGUUUUGCAUUACCUCCGUAGUAAAAAGUGGGAUACAAGGGUUGCUGCUUCUCAUGCUAUUGGUGCCAUUGUUCUGAAUGUCAAGCAUACUUCAUUGAGUGAACUCUUAAAUUCUUUCGCAACAAAGUUGGGUGAGGCUGGGUUAUCUGCUAAUGUAGAUGAAGUGGUGGCUUCGGGCAAUCUACAGUCCAAACUUCAAGAAAAUGCUCCCUUCAGAAGCUUCGAGAUGAAUAAGGUUUUAGAGUUUGGCGCUUUGUUGGCAUCUGGUGGACAGGAGUAUGACGUUUUGAAUGACAAUUCCAAGAAUUCAAGGGACCGAGUGGCUCUUCAGAAGAAGAAUCUCCGACGACGUCUAGGUCAGUAAUUCAUGAGUUCUGAUAUACUAGGCUAGUAUGUAUAUACAUAUUUCUUGAAAACCAGCCCAAGCCAUUCUUUAAGUCUAUUAUUACAUCAUUACUAUUGGUUCUUCUCGUUCUUUGUAAAGUUGACUCUUAUGCACCAAAACUUUUGUUUUACUUGACUGAUGCAUCUGAGCAGACUUCUGACGAUAUAUGGGACAGGUCUGGACAUGUGCGAGCAAUUUAUGGAUGUCAUUACUAAUUUCUUAUCAUUACUAUUGAUCAAACAUGUGCGAGCAAUUUCCACUUCUUAGCUAAGCUUAACGGGUAAUAGCCAAAACCAGGAAUGUGUACAUAUAUAUUUGAUUCAGCUCGAUUCAGGAAAACAAAUAGUUUUUGACAUUCCAAACAGAUAAGAGGUUGCAUUCACUCUCGCUUUUUCCCUCCUCCACUUGUUGUCGUAAAGAAGAAAUUAGUUUAACUUACAAAGGAGAAAAUGAGAGAUUGGAGGAUGGAUUAGACAUCGAGUCGUUUAGUUUUGCCAAUACGACCGGUCUAAUGUUUGUGGCCCCCGAAUUUGGUUUUGUAGUGUCUGAAUCGUGUAAAUACGCUUUUUGACUUGGCUUUUUCAUCUGCUGUUUCUGCUCUUUUUUUUUUUUUUAUCCUUGAAAUAAAUUCAAUGUUUGAUCUCCAAACUCAUUGUCGGAGGAAAGAAAAAAACAGAAGACGAAAACAAAUCAAAGCUUACACCAAUAGGUGCUUGAAAAAUAAAUACCCUAUAAAGGGUGAAAUGUGUAGAAACCAAGGCUUCAUACUUCCUUAAGAGAGACCGUUGCAGU